GGAGACAUUUUGAUUAAAACAUCUGUGAUUUAGAUUCAAAUGAAGUGCCAUUUACAUUGAUUAAAAGGUCAUGGCAUCCAGUAAACCUAUACCAUGUAGACCUUGUGAAAAAGGAAAAGUAAACAUAACAGCUAACAUCUGGUGUUACAACUGUGAUGAAGGAUUAUGUUCAACAUGUUCAGGUCAUCAUAAACGAUCCAAAGGAACACGUGAGCAUAAGACAGUUGAUAUAAAAAGUUAUAAACCCUCCAUCAGUGACAUCAAAACAGAAUGUGACAAACAUGGUCAACAGCUAAACUUGUACUGCCCCGGUCAUUUAACGCCUUGCUGUGAUGAAUGUGCUUCCAGUACUCAUGCAAAAUGCACAGGAAUAAAGAGUCUAGCAAAUGUAGUAGAGGCAACCAAAAUAGAAAAAUCUAAGGAAACUGUAGAGAGAGAUAUUAAUUCAAUUUUGUUGUUUUUAGACCAAUUAGUAAACAACAAAUCUAAGAAUAACAGAUCAGGAGAACAUCAAUAUAUAAGCAUAAAGAAAUCAGUUGGAGAAAUUCGAGAGGAAAUAAAUAAACAUUUAGAUCACCUAGAAAAGAAGUUAUGUAAAGAAGCAGAUACCGUUUGGAAUCAGGAAAAAUCAAAAGCAACAGAAUUCAUCUUUGAAAUUGAAAUGCAAAAGAAAAACUUGAAACAAAUGAAAGAACAUUUGCAAACUGUCACAGCACAUACUUCCAAACUGCAAUCAUUUCUAGGAGUACAUCAUAUUGAACAACAAGUACACCAAUGUCAAAGAUUUGUUGAUGAUCUAGACAAUGAUGAGAGGACCAAAGAAUUUUACAUAGAAACGAAGAAAAACGAUGAGAUUGAAAAAUUACUAAGAAAACUAGUAUCAAUAGAACCUUUAGGAGAAGUAAUAGUUGUAAAGACAGGAACAGACUUCAACAGAGGAACAAGAAUGAGGAAGGAAGCACAAGUAGAAUCACAAGAACAAUCCAACAUACACAACAUGACAAUGAAUAUUGAGACAAAGAUAAAGAUGAAUAUAAAUAAAGUAAUUUGGGACAUGAUUUGUCUAAUGGAUGGAAGAAUUAUUGUAGUGAAUAAUUAUGGUAAAGUUUACCUACUGACUCCUGAUGGAAAACAUAAGAAACAGCUAAAAAUAUUAGAUAAAGUUUACAGUGUUACACAGAUCAAUCAUAACACUAUUGCCAUAACUAAUCCUUCAGAGAAAACUGUUAAAAUCUUCAAUAUGGAGAAUGAAACAUUUACCAAAGUUAUAACAUUACACAAAGAAUGCAGAGGUUUAUCAUUCUCCAAUAAUUCUCUUGCCAUAGGUUUGAAUUCAGAUGAAAUCUGUAUUAUUGACUUGGAAGGUAUUAUAUUGAAGUCAAUACCAGUUCGGUAUGAUUCAAACCUGCGUAACCUUGUUUACUGUAAUGACAGAAUAAUCCAUACUGACUAUUAUGGUAAAGCAGUAUACUGUUAUGAUGGAUCAGGUAAACAGAUCUGGCAAUACAGACUGGAUUUAACAGAUCCAGUAGGACUUUGUAUAGAUAAUUAUGAUAACAUUAUUGUAGCAGACUAUAAAUCUCGUAGAAUUAUAGUUUUAUCAAAAGAUGGACAGGAUUGUAAAGCACUGAUUAGUAUGAAGGAUGGAAUGAUUUCUCCUAGGUGUAUUAGUUUUAUACAUAAUAUAAAGUCUUCAGGAUUUAUUUGUGAUAUUGAUGGCAAAUACUUGGCAAAAUUUAAUUUAUCUUAUAACUGACAUACACAAUGAUAAAUCUAUGGCAUUUUUGCCUAUGAAACUAUGCAGGUUAUAUACUGUAAAAUUAAUUCAGAAAUAAUUGUGAUGUUUUUAUCAUUGCGAAAAAUGUGACAAGGUUAUAAUCAAAAUAAUUAGAAACUCGCAUUUUGAAAUUUUUAUAUGAAUCAAACAUGAUUUUUUUUAAUAUAACAAAAAUUAAAAUCCCAUUUUAGUCUAAAAUGACAAAAUCGCAAUUAUAAAUGCAUGCAUUAAUUUCGAAAUUUACAGUACCUAAAACCAUUGGGAUAUUUCGUGUUAAGUUUUAAAGUGAGAGGAAGUGUAAGCAAGUCUAUAAAUGUUUAUAUGAAUUGAAUUGUUGGGUUACCGUCUAUUAACAUCCAUUUAACAUAUCCUUAUAUUCCUAAGUGGAGAUAACUGAUGUGAAGUUUGAUUGUAUAUAACAUCAUGGUUUUGGCAUAAUCAGCACGUCAUUCUUUGAACUUUCAAAUUCAUGGUUCACCUGCACCCAAGAAAUCUGCAAAAAUUGGAAUCCAACGAAUAACUAUGUAUCUUCAGUAUUUAAUUAAGUAAUUUUUAGCCUUUUCUACAAAACAAAGUGAUCAGAUUUCCUCCUUUUACCAAUGUUUUCAAAUCAAAAGUAAUUUGUUGAUAAUUAUUCAAAGAAAAAAAUCUGGAAUGGUGAAAUUGGAAACUGGUUUGGGAUCUCAAAAGGAUUUUUUACCCAGACAGAUAGAUCUUCAUGUACCUGUCAAAAGCCAUGAACAUGGUCAUGACAUUGGAUGUUUUUUGUCAUACUUUAAUGAGUCGCUUUUGUCAUGUAGGGAAUAAUGUAUUGAUGGGUCAUCUCCAACAUUAAUUUUGAUACAAGUCAGGGUUAAUAUUAUGCGUUGACAUUUUCUAACAAAUCUGAAAAAUCUA